GGGCGCUCUACAGGUGCCAGUCAGUUGACCAAUCACAUGGUUCUAUUUUUGUUAUCUCGGCUCUGGCAGAUUUUUUGAACACGGGGAAUCGAUCGUCCGCUGAAAUCUGAUUUUUGCAACUGCACUUUCAAGUACUCCAGAUUCAGAAGUAUUAACGAUGUCUACGAGGGCAGCACUGACUUCGAAGGAUGUCAACGCACCGGUGGCAAUGGUACAUCCCAUGAGCAAGCUGCCGGUGCCCUCCAAGCUUCGCCCUCCCCAGGUGAACGUCAAAAGGCCUUUAGCCGUGGACGAGGGUAAGGAUGAAGGUGCACCUCAACCCAAACGGAGCAAGUCCGAGGUUGUUGCCAAACCGACGGUGACGGUCAGGACUAACGGUGUCAAGAAGCCCACUGCGUCAAAACCUCAGAAACCAAAGGUCGUCAGUGGACCCAGGGCUGUUUCGCAGGUCAAUCGAGCGGCCGGUGGCAGCACGAGGCAAGCCGCUGCAAAGCCUGCGGCUGCGAAGCCUGCAAAACAGAUCGUUGCUCGCAAUCCAGCACCUGCUAGAAGCACAGCAAGGCCUAGGCCUACUAACACCUCAACAGCUAAGCCUGGUGUGACCAGUGCUACAAAUGGCCCCAAGAAGACCAGCAAGAGGCCUGCCUGGGACCUGAAGGGCCGGCUGGCCGACAUUGAGAGCCAGCUAGAGGUGCGCAACGUCGCCAACAGCCAGCUCCUGCAGGAAGUCACUGCCAAGAGAGGCGACAACGAUGUCCUGGAACACUCCAACAAGCAGCAGCAGGCCGCGCUGGAACGGGCUGACAGCAAGAUACUGCAGCUGGAAAGACAAGUCAGGGAUGCUGAGGAUGAGCUGGCCUCCACCACCCGCCGCCUGCAACGGGACAACAGUGACCUGCUGCAAACCAACCACCAGAUGGAAAGGCAGCUUGUCGACACCAGGGGUGACCUGGCUGCCUCCAGGCAGGAGUGCAGCGGCCUGAAGCAGUCCGUUGCACAAAUGACUGCAGCACAGGCGGGCAUCACGGCCCAACUGGCCAACACCAAGCUGAACUAUGAGCAGUCCCAGGAGGCUGGCCGGCGCUACCAGGCCGAGAUCGCGGAGCUCAAGGCGGUCAUUGCCGAGCACCAAGCCACAAUAGCGGAUCAGGACUCUCAAAUCCGUGACAACGAGACGACGAGGAGGAAACUACACAACACCAUCCAAGAGCUGAAGGGGAACAUUCGUGUGUUUUGCCGCGUUCGCCCGCUGCUGCCUGACGAGGCGUCCAGUGGCGACGAGAUCGGGCACAUCAACUUUGCCGGGACAGACAACAAAUCCAUCGAGUUGACGAAUGUGGACCUGAACGAGAGCAACGUUGGAACUCGGUCAAGCAGCAGCAAGAAGUUUGAUUUUGCUUUUGACCGAGUCUUCGACCCCUCGUCUACUCAGGCGGAAGUCUUCGAAGAGAUUUCUCAACUUGUCCAGAGCGCGUUAGAUGGCUACAACGUCUGUGUCUUUGCCUACGGUCAGACGGGGAGCGGCAAGACGUUCACCAUGGAGGGACCAGACAAUGUCGAGGAGCAGACGGAAGGGAUGAUCCCCAGGGCCGUCCGGCAGAUAUUCCAGACGGCCGGUCAGCUCAGAGAGAAAGGCUGGGAGUACACCAUGGAGGCCAGCUUCCUAGAGAUCUACAACGAGACGGUCAGAGACCUGCUGGGCGCCGGCGACAAGAAAUGCGAGAUCAAGAUGGCGGACGCCAAGGGGACGGACGUGGAGGUGACCAACUCCACCACGGUGACGGUGACCAGCGAGGGCCAGGUGCAGUCUCUGCUGGGACGGGCGACCCACAACCGCGCCGUGGCGGCCACCAACUGCAACGAGCGGUCCUCGCGCAGUCACAGCGUCUUCCGGCUGAAGCUGAACGGCAGCAACGCGCUGACCGGGGAAUCCAGCCAAGGUACCCUGAACCUUGUGGACCUUGCCGGCAGCGAGCGCCUCUCCCAGUCCGGCUCUACCGGCGAUCGGCUGCGGGAGACCAAGAAUAUCAACCGCAGCCUGAGCAACCUGGGCAACGUCAUCAUGGCCCUCGCCAACAAGGAGCACCACAUACCGUACCGCAACAGCAAGCUCACCCACCUGUUGCAGAACUCCCUGGGCGGCAACUCCAAAACACUGAUGUUUGUCAACGUCUCCCCGCGCGAGGAAAACUUCCAGGAAUCGAUUUGCUCCCUGCGUUUUGCUACCAAGGUCAACCAGUGCAACAUCGGCACUGCCCAGAAGAAAGUCAAGUAAAGUUUUGCAAAUUCUUGUAUCCGAGAAACUAGGCCAUUACUCAAAUUUUAAGUCUUGAUGUUUGAAUGAAGGAUGUAGCCUCAAUGAAUUGUUUUUCUUUUUAACACAUACCUGUACAAUAUGUAUUUAUGUUGCCCUAUUGUUCCCCCCCCUUCCCAACGGUGAGAAAGGUAGAGUUGGGGCAGACCACUGAUAGAGACAUUCGAAGGCCUUGUUGAAGACGCCUGAUGCUCACGCGUAGACGCUAUGGCUUUGUGCACAUUCAGAGAAAAAUUAGUCAUGCGUACUUAAACGCCAUACGCGCGCGCGCGAACAAGUACAGUACGUGCAAGCGGUUUGUUUCAUCUACGAGGCUCCCUAAAGUGGUAAAAAUAUGCCCUCCCUAGUUUGCCCAUGGAGCCCAUAUGGGUCACUCUAUAAAUCUGGGGUCCACUUUUUUUCCUGUCCCUUUUUAAGGCAAAAAAAAAAAAUUUGGUCUCUGGUCAGACCAAAGUUCCGGAAUUGACGCGGCCACGCUGCUUUUUUUU